AUGUUCCACUUUGGACGGGAUUUCUCCCACCUCCUAAUUAACGGGGCGCCUUCCAACAACCUGCUUCAGCAGGCACUUAUACGGGCUCAGAAGAGGCCUUCCGAACAGGAGGGCAGUUUCUCCAGCGCGUUUGAACCAGUUUCCCACAUACAGCAAAUUAGUGCAAAUGUGCAUGAGUUUUAUCACCUCUUAGAAAUUUUCUUCACCUGUGUUCUAAAGGCACGUGGCAAAAUUGACGUGUCACAGGAAGCCAUUGGUACGUCGAAUCGAAUUAUCUGGCCUCCACCUCCUCCACCACCACCACCACCACCACUACCAUCUUCAAGUUCCGCGUCUCAACUGCCUUCUUCCUCGAGUUCAUUGCCAAAGAAAACAAUUUCUGCUAGUGAAGAGUCAAGAGACCAGACGGUAGAAUGUAUUAAUCAGCGCGAGUUUGCUACACCCGCUUUGAAUUCUCUCAUUGAAAUGACGCUAUCCAAAACCUAUCAGCUAGGCAACACAAACGAAUUACCAAAAGCCAAACCGUGUCAAAGACAAAUGUCUGGAAAUUCUAUGGCAGGAGAGUUGAGCUCGGGGAGUGGAAUGAGCAACCGAGCACCGAAGAGACGCAAGACUCGCACCACUUUCACCUCCUUCCAACUAGCUGAAUUGGAAGUGUACUUCAGUAAACAGAAAUAUCUCACUCCGGCCGACAGAGAUCAGAUCGCUGGCGAACUGGGACUCUCAAGCACUCAGGUGAUUACGUGGUUCCAAAAUCGUCGUGCUAAAAAGAAACGUGAAUGUGCUGAGCUUGAGAGGGAUCUUUUAGCAGCCAAACGGAGUCGUGAAAAGGGAAAUGCUUUCAGCUUCGAGGCCACCCAUCCUUCCCACGUCCUUAGUCAUUCCUCAUCCAUUGCGGCAGAAGUGAUACCACUUGCAAGCGAGCCUGUAGCGCAUCCGUCCGCCUCGCCCGCCUCCUCCUCUGCCUCUCUAUUAGAACCGCCCACAAUUUUAGCACCAGUAAGCAAAGCAGACUUUAGUGUUCCCUCGCUAACCGCUCCCGAGCGUCCUCGUCUCGAUCCCAGGCCCAUUUGGCGGCCUGUUUGCUUGGAGGACAUCGGUCGGGAAUGA